AGACUAUAGUCUUUGGCGUUUUUACCCUGAAAAAUGUGCAAAUACUAUAUCUCGAAACAGUCAAUUGCGAACGUGCAAUACGGUAUUCGAUCAUUGCAGCGUCUCGUACGUACAUCCUUCUUUUCCGAAGCAACGGCAGUAUGGCCGCAGCAGCCGAAGCGACGUCGUCAUCAGGAGCGACAUCGAUGGUAACGCGUACAUUCUUUGCGAAGAGAAAGAAGAAGCUAGCGAGGAGAGAGAGACAUAUUUUGGGGUCUUCCGUCUUGGAUUCGACGGCAGUUCGGCUUCGGCGACAGGAGCGGCGACAUCAGGAGCGACAUCAAAAUAAACAAGGCAGGUUCCUCAGAGCGACGAUGGAGAGAGAGAGAACGUUUGCGAGGUUGUUUGAUUACGUUACUAAGAGCUUCGCUGAAGGAUGUAUUGCAAAUGCAUUCAAUGCAGCUCCAGAAAAAUUCAUGCCCAUUGCGCGAUGCAAGCGAAUCAAGACAUCAACGAGUCUCUCCAAAGAUCCACUCCUCUCCAUCCUGUUCCGGUAGAGGUGGAUCUGCAACACAUGAGACGUACAACUCCUUUUUUUGCGGAGGUCGCAUAUCUUCCAACGUCGCAGUUAUGACCCCCUGGACUUCCCCUGUUCAUCAGGGGGAGUCCAGGGACCCGUCCCCUGGGACUGCGCGGCCUCCCACCGCCCCCGGGGUCCCAGGGGACCCAGUCCCCGAGGACUUGUCUCCG